AUGGCGCAAAUGAACUCGGAUCUCCAGGAGAAGCUGGAUGCCUUGCAGAGGGAGCUAGAGAAACGACGGACUCAACUGCUCGCGCAGUAUCUCAGCCCCGACGCCCAAGCCGACGCAACCGGAGGAUUGCGAAUACACUCACCCGAUGAUGAACCCACUACUACUAGCGAAGGGCACAGGGACGCUGCGGACGCCGCCUUAAACACUACAAAUAGCAACUUUGGCCGCGGCGACCCAUGCUCCCCCUCGACCGUCACAUCUCCCAUCGAUUGGCGACCUCAGUCUUUCGAAGCACCGACCCCUAGCUAUUCCCAUGGGAGUGAGCAUCUGCCUAGCUUACUUCGCCCAGGCGGACCUUUGGCUGAGCACAACCCGGUGUUGUCCCAGCGCGAUUCGAUCUUCCUGAACCCAACCACGACUCACUAUUCCCAAAACACUGGAUCCGACUCUCCCACGCGCUCGGGAACUAUGAUAUCGGGAGAUUAUGCCUUCAAGCCGGAAAUUCAGGGAGGCUACGGGUCACAAGCACUAAAUACUUACGACGGUCGAACCGGAGCCACGCUAGACUCUCAGGCGUAUUUCUCUGACUUUGCCGGACAGCAGUCUUAUGAUCAAGGGCCUGGCAGUGCCGGAGGGUACGGUGGGGGGGUUCACAGAUAUUCGUCGAGUGAUGCGUUCUCUCCGACAGCCGCUAUGGCUCCGCCCAUGCUUACCGCGAACGACCUCCCGCCUCCGGAAGCCCUGGAAUAUCAGUUACCUCUAGAGCCGCGGGAAGUACCCUUCGCGAUCCACGAUCCGCAUGACGAGAAUACAGCCAUGUCGACGUUCGACAAUAUCGCUGCCGUGGUAAGACACAGAGGACGAACUACGGGCAAGCUCCCGGCCUACUGGGUACUCGAUAGUAAGGGGAAGGAGAUCGCAUCGAUAACAUGGGACAAGCUGGCAGCCCGAGCAGAGAAGGUGUCUCAGGUCAUCAGGGACAAGAGCUCCCUAUACCGUGGAGACCGGGUUGCUCUCAUGUACAGAGAUUCAGAAAUUAUCGACUUUGCGAUAGCACUCCUGGGCUGCUUCAUUGCCGGCGUCGUAGCUGUCCCCAUCAACGACCUGCAAGACUACCCCAAGCUAAAUCUUAUCCUAACGUCCACGCAAGCGCACCUAGCCUUGACUACCGAUAACAACUUGAAGUCCUUCCAGCGAGAUAUCACCACUCAGAAGCUCAGCUGGCCGAAAGGGGUCGAAUGGUGGAAAACCAACGAAUUCGGGAGUUACCACCCGAAGAAGAAGGACGACGUGCCGGCCCUAUCUGUGCCGGAUCUAGCUUACAUUGAAUUUUCCAGGGCGCCGACGGGGGACGUUCGAGGUGUGGUGUUAAGCCACCGUACCAUCAUGCAUCAGAUGGCCUGUCUCAGUGCCAUCGUCCAAGGCGUCCCCAGUCACGGACCUGGUGACACUUUCAAUCACGCACUGCGUGAUAAGAAUGGGCGCUUAAUAGGGGGGGGUGCUAGCAGCGAGAUCCUCCUGUCCUACCUAGACCCCCGACAGGGCAUAGGGAUGAUUUUGGGUGUGCUCCUCAAUAUCUACAGCGGGCACACUACGGUAUGGGUAGAGAGCAAGGCGGUAGUAUCUCCCGGUCUUUACGCCCACCUCAUCACCAAAUACAAGGCCACACUCAUGGUUGCCGAUUAUCCCGGCCUGAAGACUGCCGCCUUUAAUUACCAACAGGAUCCGAUGACGACGCGAAAUUUCAAGAAAGGAACAGAGCCGAACUUUCAGCACGUCAAGCUUUGUCUGAUCGAUACUCUCACCGUAGAUAGCGAAUUCCACGAAGUUUUGGCCGACAGGUGGCUGCGGCCUUUGCGAAAUACGAGGGCCAGAGAAGUUGUUGCCCCGAUGCUUUGCCUACCCGAGCACGGAGGCAUGGUCAUCAGUGUCCGAGACUGGCUAGGCGGUGAAGAACGUAUGGGAUGUCCCCUCAAAUUAGACGUCGACUCCGAGUCGGGGUCAGAGGCUGGUAAGGACGAAGAGAAGGAAAAGGAAAAAGAGAAGGAGGAGAAGUCGGCGCCGUCGGGUGGCUUCGGAAGCCUUCUAGGUGGCGGCACGACAACCAUGAAAGAGCAUGACGCUAAGAACGACCUCGGUGAAGUACUGUUAGACCGAGAGGCGCUGAAGACAAAUGAAGUGGUCGUAGUCGCCAUAGGAGAAGACGCGCGCAAGAAAGCCACUACCGAACCCGGCACCGUCCGUGUCGGCGCCUUCGGGUAUCCUAUUCCCGAUGCCACUCUAGCCAUUGUCGACCCCGAGACCGGCUUACUAGCCUCGCCGCAUUCCGUAGGCGAAAUCUGGGUAGACUCUCCGUCCUUGAGCGGAGGAUUCUGGGCCUUGCCCAAGCACACGGAGCAAAUAUUUCACGCUAGACCGUACAAAUUCGAACCGGGAGAGCCGACGCCCACUGCGGUAGAGCCCGAAUUCCUUCGGACCGGCCUCCUCGGGACAGUCAUCGAAGGUAAAGUCUUCGUGCUUGGACUGUACGAGGAUCGCAUCCGGCAAAAGGUCGAGUGGGUUGAGCACGGACACGAGGUCACCGAGCACCGAUAUUUCUUCGUACAGCACCUCGUUGUCAGCAUCCUGCGGAAUCUGAACAAGCAGGUAUAUGACUGUUCGGCAUUUGAUGUCUUUGUCAACGACGAGCAUUUGCCGAUAGUGGUGCUAGAGUCGUCCGCAGCAUCGACGGCGCCGGCAGCGUCAGGUGCUCCGCCUAGGCCGCUAGACACUGCGUUGCUAGACACGCUUUCGGAGAGGUGCAUGGAAGUCCUCAUGCAGGAACAUCACCUGAGGGUCUAUUGUGUUAUGAUUACGGCUCCUAACUCAUUACCCCGGGUGACUAAGAACGGGCGACGAGAGAUAGGAAACAUGUUGUGUCGUAGGGAGUUCGACCUCGGUAAUCUACCUUGCGUCCACGUCAAAUUUGGCGUCGAACAUGCAGUGUUGAACCUGCCUGUCGGUGUAGACCCCAUGGGUGGCAUCUGGUCGGACAUGGCGUCCAACGCUCGCACUGACUUUCUCGGACCCUCGGACAAGCAAUACUCUGGUAUCGAUAGACGCGAGGUUGUCAUCGAUGACCGCACAUCUACCCCCCUAAACAACUUCUCGAGCAUCACAGAUCUAAUCCAGUGGAGAGUGGCGCGCCAACCCGAAGAGCUCGCAUAUUGCACCAUAGAUGGCAAGGGCAAGGAAGGAAAAGGCAUCACGUGGAGGAAGUUCGAUACGAGAGUCGCCGCGGUCGCCCUGUAUCUCCGUAACAAGGCCAAGGUACGGCCGCGUGACCACGUCAUGCUCAUGUAUACGCACUCGGAAGACUAUGUCUUCGCCGUCCACGCAUGUAUCAAUCUCGGCGCCGUCAUCAUCCCGACUGCGCCCAUGGACGAACGCCGGCUGAACGAAGACGUUCCGGCUUUCCUUCAUCUCAUAAACGAUUACGGCAUAAAGGCUGUCCUGGUUAAUAACGAUGUGGACCACCUGCUCAAAUCGAAAUCCGUCUCCCAGCAUAUCAAGCAAUCGGCGCAGGUUCUGAAGAUUGCCCCACCGGCCGUGUUCAACACCUCCAAACCUCCCAAGCAGAACAACGGGCUCCGUGAUCUCGGUAUUACUAUAGAUCCCGCGUGGAUACAGCCGGGAUAUCCGGUCAUCGUCUGGGCGUAUUGGACUCCGGAUCAACGCAGAAUAUCGGUACAACUCGGCCACGAUACUAUCUUGGGAAUGUGUAAGGUCCAAAAGGAAACCUGUCAGAUGACGAGCUCGCGGCCGGUGCUCGGCUGCGUGAGAAGCACCACCGGGCUGGGCUUUAUUCAUUCCUGCCUAAUGGGUAUCUACAUAGGUACACCUACAUACCUACUGUCGCCCGUGGAGUUCGCGCAGAAUCCCAUCUCUCUGUUCUUGACGCUAAGUCGUUAUAAGAUCAAAGAUACGUAUGCGACACCCCAAAUGCUCGACCACGCUAUGAACCAGAUGCCGGGUAAGGGGUUCGCCAUGCACGAACUCAAGAACAUGAUGAUCUCGGCUGAGUCGAGGCCGCGUGUGGACGUAUUCCAGAAGGUGCGGCUCCAUUUUGCGUCUACCGGCCUCGAUAGAACGGCUAUAAACACGGUAUACUCGCACGUCCUGAACCCGAUGAUCGCGUCGCGGUCAUACAUGUGCAUCGAGCCCAUCGAGCUUUGGCUCGACCAGCGAGCUCUCCGUAGAGGACUUAUCCUCACCGUGGACCCAGACUCCGACCCGAAGGCACUCCUGGUGCAAGACUCAGGCAUGGUACCAGUAUCGACUCAAAUAGCCAUUGUCAACCCCGAGAGCCGUCUCCUCUGCGCAGAUGGGGAGUACGGAGAGAUCUGGGUCGACUCGGAAGCUUGCGUCAAGGCGUUCUACGGGUCCAGAGAUCCCUUUGAUGCCGAACGCUUCGAUGGGCGAACCAACGAUGGUGAUCCUACCAUUAGUUACGUUCGAACUGGCGAUCUCGGAUUCCUACACAGCGUCAGCCGGCCUAUUGGACCAGGCGGCGCCCAAGUAGACAUGCAGGUUCUCUUCGUGUUGGGAAAUAUCGGCGAGACCUUCGAAAUCAACGGACUGAGCCAUUUCCCAAUGGAUAUAGAGGCUUCCGUAGAGAGAUCUCACCGAAAUAUCGUGCCCGGCGGCUGCGCCGUCUUCCAAGCGGGUGGCCUCGUGGUCGUUCUCGUCGAAGUGUCGCGUAAGGCGUACCUCGCGUCUAUCGUCCCGGUCAUCGUAAACGCCAUCUUAAACGAGCACCAGAUAGUGGUCGACAUAGUGGCGUUCGUGAACCGGGGUGACUUCCCUCGCAGCCGUCUCGGCGAGAAGCAGCGCGGUAAGAUCUUGGCUGGCUGGGUCACGCGUAAGAUGCGCACGGUAGCUCAAUUCGCAAUCCGUGAUCCAGACGCUAGUGACAUGGAAGGCGGCGAUGCCGCCGGGGAUAACAAUCGGGUUAGUGUCGGUAGCGUCCGCAGCAGCGGCGUGCCCGGCGCUAGCUCCUUGCGAAAUAUGGAACAUGCACCGCAGAUCCUAGAGCAAGAGGAGUUGGACCAUCAGAUGAACAGGAGGUCGUCGGCCUUACCUCCACCAGCCGAGCUUCAUGGCCACGGCGGCGGCCCAGCCGAUGCUGACCGUUACAUCAACGAUCCCGGGCCGUCAGGUCAGCAGCGUCAGUUACAGCCGCCGCAGAUUCGCCUGCCAAGUGUCGACGGACGCGAAAUUAUAAGCGACGACAUGUGGGCGCGCGAGCAGGACCUAGGUCGCGUCACUAAAGGGGACGACGAUUGGGAGCGCGACGCACUGAUGCACAUGAACCUAGCGAACCAGAUGCCGAAGCACGAUUAGCGGCACACGAUGUUGGAGAGGAGGGCCUGUUACGGGGGAAAGAGGGGUAUCAUUGAUACCCCACGGGAACUUGAUAUUUAGAAGUGCCGCAUUCCGCCGAUAUUCGCCUGCCGCGGGACGUCCAGCGACGGUAGUAACCGGCCCUCUCCUUA